AUGAACUUUGCAGCCUUCUCAGUCCUCUGCAAGCUCUUCCGCGGCAGCUACGACCGUGCGCUGUACACUGCUUACUCUUCAUUUUACGGAAUCUCUACGUGUCUUACUUUGGCUAAAUCCGAUUUACUGACAUCUGAGGGGCUCUUGCCUCUCUUCACCUUUGUCUACCUUCAAUACUUUUCCCUCUCUCUUCAUGCUGGAGACAACGAAGAGAUCCGCCGCCCACUUCAGGCUUCAUUUACUUCCUCGCUCAUCCUUCUUUUCUACAUGAAAAGCAGCGGAAUAAUCAGCCCUCUCAGUGAAGAAAACGCAAUUUACCUGAAUCCAUCUCUUCCAAAAACGAAUCCACCAGCUUUAGCUUCAUCCCAAAACGCUCAGCCCUCUGCCUGGGCCGCGCUAUUUUUCGACAAUCACUACGGAGCGAUGAUUUUACCAAUUGGGCUCUCGAUUUUGUCGAAGAAAAAUGCAAAUGCCGCUUUGAUCCUUACAGUUUAUGCAGUGAUCGCGCUCUAUCUCGCUGCGGUGAAAACUAGCAACCAAAUUCUUUUAGUCCCUGUUGUCUCCAUCACAUCUGGCCUCACCCUCUGCCACAUCAUUCAGUUAUCGUUGAAAACGCUCAAGAACACAGAAAAGACUGAUACUCAACAGGAAUCAAAGCGAAGGAUGCAAAAAAAGUACGAAGAGAUUAAUUUCCCGAUGAAGCGAUUUUUCGCCGGUGCCGCUGGCACACUUUGCGCCGCUCAUCUUAUUUACGCGGCGAGACACGGUGUUUGGGUUACGCAAAACAUUUACAGCGAUGCCACGAUUUUUGUAACAGCAGCUACUGGUGAUGGACGAGCGCUUAUCUUUGACGACUUUCGCGAGUCUUACUCUUGGCUCAAGCAUAACACACCUGAGGAGUCUAAAAUUGCCGCCUGGUGGGAUUAUGGGUAUCAAAUUAACCAACUCGCCGAGCGCGGCACCUUGGCAGAUAACUCGGCAUGGAACAAGACUUCUAUUGCAGAAAUUGGAAAGGCCUUCGCAAGUGGAGAAGAGCAGGGCUGGAGCAAGCUGAGGCAUUUGGGAGCCGAUUAUGUUUACGUGCAAUUCGGCGGCCAAGUGGGCUACUCAAAAGACGACAUCAACAAAUUCCUCUGGAUGUUGCGUUUGGCUGAUAGCGAACAUGUGACGGGCGAAUUCAACCAGAAACGCUACAAGAACGUGAAUAAUGAGUUUCGAGUGGACAUCGAGGGCGCGCAAACGUGGCUCAACUCACUUUUGUACAAACUCUCUUAUUACAGAUAUGGAGGGCAAAAUGUCCAGAAAGGAAAGCCAAGUGGAUGGGAUCGAGUCAGAAAAGCAGAAAUUGGAAACAAAGACUUUGAGCUGGAAUUUUUCGAAGAAGUCUACACCAGUUCCAGAUGGCUACUAGUGGAAGGGCAGGAAUUAAGGCGGCUCCGCAGGAUAGAAACACUUCACAAGAAGUGGGAUGAAAACGUUUUUUUACCCACGGCGAAGAGCAUCAACAAGCAAGUUGUGGGGAAGCUGGCGCAAUUCGCGCGCGCCAAAUCAGCCAGCUACGAGGCUUAUUUGGAUCAUGUCAAUUUACGGCAGCAGCAACACGAGAAAAACACAGUUUUCUUAAAUGUGCACACGCCGGAUUAUGACGCUCUUUCGUGUCAGCGCAAGGCUCUCUCCGCAAGAGUCAGGAAUACGAUGAACCCGACGCAAAUUUCAAGAAUACGCAAUUUGAUAUGGGUUAUUAAAAUUUUUCUUUUAUAA